AUGGAGGAGGAGCUCUCCCCGGAGAAGUCCUGUGGGAGUGGCCCGUGGCAACUGGCGCUUCUGGAGAGAGGCUCAGUGGGGAGUCCUGGGGCCCUGUGGGAGGGUCUGGCUUCUGGGCACAGCCCCAAGUCCCUGGGAGGACGUGCUGGGGAGAAGGAUGCAGAGGGGCCAGUGGGGUGGUGGCUCAGUGAAGAGGUGACGGGGAGCCAGGGCGCACAGGAGGUGAAAGGCGUGCAGCGGGCUGCGGUGAAGGACUCCCCUGAAGGACUGGGCUUGGCCCUGACGAACGAGGAGGAUGUUGCAGGCUGCGGAGUGGCGGGGGGCGCGGGGUCCCCGGGUCGACGCCGCCCGCCUGACGCUCCCCACCCCGCAGCGGCCUUAAUCGUGCGCGACCAGACCGAGCUGCGGCUCUGCGAGCGCUCCGGGCAGCGCACGGCCAGCGUCCUGUGGCCGUGGAUGAACCGCAACGCCCGCGUGGCCGACCUCGUGCGCAUCCUCACGCACCUGCAGCUGCUCCGCGCGCGAGACAUCAUCACGGCCUGGCACCCUCCCGUCCCCGUCCUGCCCCCCAGCGCCACCACCCCGGCCCUGGGGCCCAGCAGCAUCUCUGCCCCCUCCGAGGCCAGGAGCCCCAGGAAGUGGCAGCCCUCAGCCUCUACUCUUCUCUCCCCAGCUUUUCCAGGCUCCCAGAGCCCACCUGGCCCCGAGUUGGACCCCACAGCACACCCAGCUGCUGUACGGCCAGCACUGCCAACUCCAGCCCCUUCCUCCACCGAGCCGAGCCUGGAGAGCCCACUGGCCGUGCUGCAGGGGGCCCACCCCGCCCCGUUCUGCUGGCCCCUCCCGGAGGUUGCCCAGGGCACUCGCAACUUCUCUGAGGAGCUCAAGGUCGGCGAGGGUGGCUUUGGCUGCGUAUACCGGGCUGUGAUGAGGAACACGGUGUACGCUGUGAAGAGGCUGAAGCAGGACGCCAACCUGGAGUGGAGCGCCGUGAAGCAGAGCUUCCUGACCGAGGUGGAACAGCUGUCCCGGUUUCGUCACCCGAACAUUGUGGACUUUGCCGGCUACUGCGCUCAGAGUGGUCUUUACUGUCUGGUCUACAGCUUCCUGCCCAAUGGCUCCCUGGAGGACUGCCUCCACUUGCAGGACCAGGCCUACACCCCGCUCUCCUGGCCUCAGCGAGUGGACAUCCUUGUGGGCACAGCCCGAGCAAUCCAGUUCUUACACCAGGACAGCCCCAGCCUCGUACAUGGGGACAUCAAGAGCUCCAAUGUCCUUUUGGAUGAGAGACUGAUGCCCAAGCUGGGAGACUUUGGCCUCGCCCGUUUCAGCCGCCUCACUGGUGCCAACCCUGGCCAGAGCAGCACCGUGGCCCGGACCCGGACCAUACGGGGUACCCUGGCUUACCUGCCCGAGGAAUACAUCAAGACAGGGAAGUUGGCCGUGGACAUCGACACUUUCAGCUUCGGGGUGGUGCUGCUGGAGACCCUGGUGGGCCAGAGGGCUGUGAGGACACAGGGAACAAGGACCAAGUACCUGGUGAGCCAGCUGCUGGGGCAGCCCUGGGGGAGCAGAAUGGUCCAAACCAUGGGGCCCUCGAAAGCUGCCCUCUGCUGCUGCCACUGA